UAAGACAUUCAACUGCAUGUAUAGCAAGCCUUCACUCAGCCAUUUACAAGCGCGAGCACUUCAGAGAGUAGACACUGAUAAAGCACCGCAAUAUAGAUGGAAUUGUAAUAAUGGAAUACCACUGGGUACUGUUUUCUGUCUUGUUGCAGUUAACCUUCCAAACAGGCAGCUCCAGGCCCACCAUCACCCCCAGCAACCCCUACCUGGUCAUUCCACUCAAUGCCCCCUUCAGUCUGCGUUGCCAGGGUGACCAGGUGAUGCGGUGGCAGAGGGAGGACCGUCCAAAGCUGAGGGGCGAGGUGCGGAGUAAUGGGGUGUCCGACCUGGAAAUCCCCAAAGCUCAGCCUGUCCACAUGGGCCGAUACAUCUGCCUGGAGGAGAGCAGCGGAGAGCAGAGCUCUGUCUACGUCUUUGUCAAAGAUCCUGAUAAUGCCUUCAGAAAGACUAUGGUGUUCAGUAUCCUAACUCGUGCGGGAGACAGCGCCUCCAUCCCCUGCCUAGCAACUGACCCGGGCGUGGUCAACCUGAGCCUGGAGCCGUGUCAUGGCGGUGCCCUCCCUACUGGCCUCCACUAUGUUGCCAGCCUGGAGCGGGGCAUGGUUAUCUUCGACACUCAGAAGGCCUUCGAGGGCUGUUAUAUCUGCACUGGCAGACUUGGCAGCGCCCACGUUAAAUCACAUCACUAUGAUCUGAAUGUGCGCCCAGUCCCAGACGCGGCCCCUGUGAUUGAGAUGCGGGAACCCAAGAGGGUGAUCCUGACACGGGGCCAGACUCUUACCCUGACCUGCAGCACCACCAACGUCAACGGAGACAUCAAGCUGAAGUGGGCUGCACCGCCCGGCACGGAUGCCGUGUGGGCUUCGUAUCCACAGCAACCGGCAGUGGAGAAUGCCUCACGCAUCCUCACUGAGCCCAUCAAACACGUCCGUAGCGCUAGGCUCUACAUCAACUCUGUCAGGGCACGGGAUUCUGGGAGAUAUCGAUGUGAGGGUCAGAAUGAGAAGGGGAUCAACUCUGAGUCAAUCUGGCUGGACGUCUAUGAUAGAGGAUUCAUUCAUCUGACUCCGUCAGACAACGGCACAGUGCGUGUACGUGCUGGUGAGAGUCUGUCCCUGCAUGUGGACAUGGAAGCCUACCCCAAACCACACACCUUCACCUGGAGCUUCUCAGGCCAGCAGCUCAGGAACACCUCCGACCAUGUCAUCACCACACAGAACCACCAACAUAGGUACAACAUUGUGCUGAGGCUGGUGCGUUUGAAAAUGUCGGAGAGUGGAGUCUACACCUUUUAUGCCUCCAAUGGUGACGCAUCAGUCAAUCAGUCAUUUUCGGUCUACGUAAUCAGUAAACCAGAGAUUGUAUCUCACGAGGGCCCGGUGGACGGACAGGUGCGAUGUGUAGCUAAGGGAUACCCCGCCCCACAGAUCACCUGGUACUACUGUGAACAGCCCUAUAUGAGGUGCUCCCACCAGAUGAAUGCCACUCAGGAGGAGCAGGACAUUGUCACAGUGACAUUGUUGAGUCCCUCCUUUGGGAAGACGGAGGUGGAGAGCAGGCUGAACAUUACCACAGGAAGAUUCCACACGUUGGAGUGUGUGGCCACCGUGGAGGGAGAGCAGGCCUACACACUGUUCUCUAUCAGUGAGAGAACAGUGCCCCAUGAGCUCUUCACCCCACUGCUGAUUGGCUUUGUGUCGGCAGCGGCCCUCCUCUGUGUCAUCCUCAUAGUGCUCUUCUACAAGUACCUGCAGAAACCCAAAUACCAGAUCCAGUGGAAAGUCAUUGAAGGUAUCCACGGAAACAACUAUGUGUAUAUUGACCCUACCCAGCUCCCAUACGACCACCAGUGGGAGUUCCCCCGGGACAAACUGCGUUUCGGGAAAACUCUGGGCUCCGGAGCCUUCGGGAAGGUGGUGGAGGCUACUGCUUAUGGAAUGUCCAAAGCUGAUACAGUGAUGACAGUGGCGGUCAAAAUGCUCAAACCCAGUGCCCAUGCCACUGAGAAGGAGGCGCUGAUGUCAGAGCUGAAAGUUCUCAGUUACCUCGGAAACCACAUGAACAUCGUCAACCUUCUUGGAGCCUGUACUGUUGGAGGCCCAACCCUGGUGAUCACAGAGUACUGCUGCUUUGGUGACCUCCUGAACUUUCUGAGAAGGAAGAGAGAGACGUUCUUUUGCUCCAAGCUAGGGGACGACUGCUACUACAGGAAUGUCAUGCUGCAGAGGGGAACAGCUACAGCUGGAGACAGCAGGAAUGGCUACGUGGAUAUGAGGCCUUCUGUCACUGGCGUCCUGCCAAAUGGCUUCUCCUCAGAGAAGAGGCGCUCGAUGCGCAAAGCAGGUGGUUCCAGUAGUGAGCCAGAUGUUGUGAGUGAGAUGCUCCAUGAGGACGGUCUCUCUCUGGACACAGAGGAUCUGCUCAGCUUCUCCUAUCAAGUGGCCAAAGGCAUGGACUUCCUGGCUUCCAAAAAUUGCAUCCACAGAGACCUGGCAGCCAGGAACAUUCUCCUGACCCAGGGACGAGUGGCAAAGAUCUGUGACUUCGGCCUUGCUCGUGACAUCACCACUGACUCCAAUUAUGUAGUCAAAGGCAAUGCUCGUCUCCCAGUCAAGUGGAUGUCUCCGGAGAGCAUCUUUGAGUGUGUGUACACAUUUGAGAGUGACGUGUGGUCCUAUGGCAUCUUGCUCUGUGAAAUCUUCUCACUCGGAAGCAGUCCAUAUCCUGGGAUACCUGUGGACUCAAAGUUCUACAAAAUGAUUAAGGAAGGAUACAGAAUGGAUGCACCAGAGUUUGCACCGAGUGAAAUGUAUGAGAUAAUGAGGUCGUGCUGGGAAGCGGACCCCUUUAAGAGACCCUCCUUCAGCAAGGUGGUGGAGAGGAUCGAAAAACAGCUGUCAGACACCACCAAACACAUCUAUCUGAAUUUCAGCUCCAAGUUUCCGGUUACAAUAGGGCCCCAGGGUACCAGUGUGGACCAGGGGACACAGAACGCCAACGUCCUGCGUCUCAACUCGGUGGGCAGCAGCAACGCCUCCACUCAGCCUCUAUUGGCCAGCGCCAGCGACGACGUCUUCCUGGAGGAGAUGGGCACCAGGCUCAGGGUCCACCGGGUGUAAGGCCACGCCCCCACGAUGGCUGCCCCAUAAAGUGCCUGUUUAGUGCAGCCCAAACACCCCACCACACCUAUCCCAACCAUAUACUAUGUCUCGCUAUUAGCUUCCCUCUUCAGUCAGAGGCUUGAAGAAGGGCGAGGUCCUCUCAAAACCUCUGCUCCUGGCGCCUUUAGUGCAUGGACGAGACCUGUCACCCACUAUCUCCAUAGUAUCUGGUCCUGUCUCUCACAAGCUUGGAUAUAGUCACACUGUCUUUACUCUCCAGGCCAUUGAGCUACUGUGUAUCACGUUUGUGCUGUUAGAAAUGGACAGUGUGUUUUAUAGCUCCGGAGCAGUGCUAUUUUCUGUGGACUUUUCUCAAUGUUGCUUUUUCACCGUUUCUAAAUAUGUUUCAUACAGUGUUUAUGUUUGCGUCACAUUUCUCUUGUCAAUGUUAAACUGAAUGACUAUGUUUUUGUUGUCGUUUUGAAUGACGUUUAACUAAAUCAUAGAGCGUCGUCCAUGGUUGGAGCACAAUUAUUAUUUGAGGUGGAGGCACUUCAAUUUGAACAUCAUUCCAGAUGUAGACAUCGUGUGAUGAAGCUUUCACCUUUUGUCUGCUCCACCUUCCACCCUUUAAGAAUUAAUGUCAGUAUUAUUCCACGUGUUCAGUUUUGGUGACUAUGUGAUGGAGAGACAUUUUGUCAGACAUUUCUAGGGCCAAUGGUUUAAAUGACAUUCAGUGGGCUAAGUCUUAUCACUUGAUUAGAUUGGAUGUUUUAAGGUACUAUGACUUCCGCUUUCAGUUGAUGUCCCUGUGUAUAUAUGUACAUAUUGACCUUGGGUAUGACUAGUAAUAAGUGUAUGAUGUGAGAGGUAGCAUCAGCUUAGAUUCCGCCUGGGACGUUGCCUGCUGGAGAUUCCUUGUAAAUAUGUAAAUAUGCUUCUGGUGUCAGCACCUCUUCUGUCCUGUAGCGUAUGUGUGACCCUUGUUUACAUUUGUCAUCAGACAGGUACUGCUGUAUCACUUAGUACUGUCUCCAAAGACGGGAGGAGGCUGAAACAGUGCAUGGUUAUCAUGAGCAUACUGUACAAGGAAACAGGCGAUCACUCUUCAAGGUAUUAGCCAUUUGAUCUUUUCUACUCAUACAGAUUGUCAAAGAAGGCUUUCUGUUUUGAGGUAAAGCCAGUGAUGCUUGUUUCAAAUGCCAAUGUGGAGCUUGCCGUACAGACCGACAACCGUUAAGCUAACUGUUCUGAGAAAAAGCCAAUUUGAAAGUUAGAUGUUAGAGGUGUUUAGUCCGACCAGGUGGUGACAUGUCUUAUAGCUCCCAACAGUCCUGUGGAUAGUAGCGUCAGUGCUCCCGUCCCAGCAGUCAGUAGCUGAUUUCUCAGCCAUCCCUCUACUCUUUGUGUCCAGCUGCUUCCUCUGACGGAAGUGCUACUUUCAACAUCACUCAACCAGGGCUCUGUAUCACUCCAGACUCCCAUCACUUGGACUUCCCUCUUCCCACACUGAGAUAUUGUUGUGAAGAGCACCUGGAAAAUGCUGUCUGAAUGACUGAAAGGGUGUGUGUGUGUGUGUGUGUGUGUGUGUGUGUGUGUGUGUGUGUGUGUGUGUGUGUGUGUGUGUGUGUGUCUGUGUGUGUGUAUGUGUGUGUCUGCAUGUGUGCUAUUUGUAGGUGCCACUGAAUUAAAUGUAUGACAUUUACCCAACAAACUGUUCAACCCGGUCCUUCCCAAAGCUGGAUAUUUGUAAAUAUGUGUGUGAAUACAAUGUAAGUAAUGUGGAUGCUGUCUUCAUGUUUUAUUUUUAUUUUCUAUUGAUAUGGUACAUUUAAUGCACAACUCUGAUAUGCUGUAAUGUGAAACAUGUCUCACCAGAAAUAGAUACACAGAUACGCACAGCCACAUAAUAUUUACUGUACAUCUUCUUCUUUGGAGAUAAGCUGCUUGUUUUUCUGUCGAUGUGGUAACUACUGUGAACGUACUGUUCCUGUACUGUACAUAGUCUUUGUUUGGGCUUUGCUGUAGAAUGUAUUAUUCCUUGUGUAGUGUCAUUUUCCCCUUGGCUUGGCACUAACCAUUGCAUUCUGUCUUCAACAAGCAAGCCAACACAUUUAUUUCUUUUUAAACGCUUAUGGACAGCUUUGCCUUACAAAUCCAAGUUGGUUUUCAACCCGAAAACAGGAAUGCCUUGUACUUUCAUGGAAAUGGCAAAUAUUGUCUAAUUUGGCUAAUUACAAGAAAGGACAAGUGGAACUGUGGGGCAAUAACUUACAUCACUACUCUGCUCUUUCCCUUAUGCCACGUAGAAUAGGAAACAUAAAAAUAGGUAAUUACACAGUAAUAACACUGAGGUUACAUGGUUAUAUCUGGGCCAUUCAUCACGCUGUUAAAAAGCACAAUCAAAAUAUUGUCUGAUUAUCCCUAACAAUUUUACUCUAUGACGGCUGAUACAAUAUGACGGCUGAUACAAUAUGACGGCUGAUACAAUAUGACGGCUGAUACAAUAUGAUGGUUGAUACAAUAUGACGGCUGAUACAAUAUGACGGCUGAUACAAUAUGACGGCUGAUACAAUAUGACGGCUGAUACAAUAUGACGGCUGAUACAAUAUGACGGCUGAUACAAUAUGACGGCUGAUACAAUAUGACGGCUGAUACAAUAUGACGGUUGUUUUAGAAAUGUUAGAACAUUUGUAUAUUUCCCUAUACAACGUUUAUUUUGUGCAUUUAGUUGUAUAUUUAUUUUACUAGAGGCAAUGUUUGUUGUGCACAUUUGCAAUGGGUUGCUGUCUCUUGUUACUGUAAUAUAAAUCAAAUAAACGCAUAAAAUUGUUUUGUUAA